UCGUCACCCUGAGUUGUGCACCAUCGCCAUCCGUGUGAUGCACUUGUGGACGUCCGCCUCUCCUGCGGAGAGGAACUGGGCACAGCACGAGCGCAUCAACACGGCGAGGCGCCACAAGCUUGGCUUUGCCAAGCUUGCACAGCUGGUUGAGAUUGCCACCAAUCACAAAUUGGCCUCGUGCGCACAACAGGGUAGUGGCUACGUGUUGCCCUGGGUUAUGGGGACCGGUCAGGAGGAGACCGUGGGAAGGCAGGAGGACGACGAGGGGGACGUGGACCCCGAGGCCUGUGGCACCGGCWGAGCCRGUGAUCGUCGUCGACGACGACCGCGUGCCGACGAGCACGUGGAGGAGCAGGAGCCACUCCGAGGCCUUCGGCAGACGGGCAGACGUUGGGAGGUCAGGAGCAACAGCAAGUCGGAGGGGGAGGGGGAGGAGGAGGAGAUGCCCCUUCGGGAUCGUCAAUUCUCUCCCUCUCAUCAUCGGACUACGGGACCGCCCGAGCCUACCAGGCCGAGGACGAGGUCGGCAUCGGCAGCGGAGAGACAGCGGACACCACCGACCGAGCACCGUGAGAGGACCGGGCUCGCAGGCAUUCCGGAGUUGGAGAGGACUCCAUCCUGCGCCAAUGUCCGCCACCGCUCGCCAUCCGAGCUUCGUACCGACGACUUCUACGGCGGCGGCUCUGGCGGGGGGUUGGGGGAUUUUAGUGCCCCGAGACAGGGGGUUGCCUCGCUCUCGGACGUGCGUAUCGACGAUUCUCAUGUGCGGGGCCAUGUAGAGAGCGCGGAGGAGUGGGAUGCCCAGGUGGACAGAGAGGAGGAGGAGCGGUUGGGGACAUUGCCGGGAUGGGAGGGUCGUUUCGCGUAUAUGGAGGAGCAGCGCCGACUCAGGGAGUUGAAGACAGUGGGGGGUGGCGGCGGUGACGGAGGCGACGUGGGUUUUGGUGGGGAGGCUGAUGCGGGGGAGGCCCGACAGGGUAUCCCCACGGGUGUUGAGGGAGAUUGUGUCGCCGUGGGUGGUGGGGGGGAGGGUGGACCCGACCGAGAUGCAGACCGCGACGAUGGCGGCGAGGACGAGGACGACGAGGGGUCCGACCACGGAGGCAACGACGACGAGGAGGGGUCCGACCACGGCGAUGACGAGGAGGGGUCCGACCACGAAGGCGGCCACCACGACGACGAUGGCGACCGUGGCGACGAUGGUGGCGACGACGGUGACGACGGUGGCGACGACGGCAAUGUGGGUAUGCUGGCUUUGGUCGUGAGGGACCCGUCAGUGCCUUCGCUACCUCUCACACGGCCCGAGACCUUUGCGCAGGCUGCUUUUGACGCCAACGAUUUGGCGCGAUUCGGUUCACAUGACCCUUUCCCCCACACGGGCCGCAGGAGCGGCGAGAGGCGCCCCCCUGGAGGACCGUAUUCGCCCCUGCCCUAAAUCGUGGAUAGCCCUAGAUGGUCAGGUUCGUCGCUCAACGGCAUUAGAGGGAG